AUUUACAAUUUUCUCACCUCCUUCUCUUUCCCAAUCCACUUGCGCCCUCAAACCCACGCCCUCCCUCACUUAAAUAUCCCCCCACAUCUCCUCUUCCAUCCCCUCACUCUUUCUCCUCCCCCUUUUCCCCAUUUUCUCGCCCUUUUUUCCUCCUUUCCAAACACCCCAGCCAUGCGGAUGAGUUGUAAUGGCUGUCGAGUCCUUCGCAAAGGCUGUAAUGAUAGCUGCACUCUUAGACCUUGCCUUCAGUGGAUCAAAAACCCCGAUUUUCAAGCCAAUGCCACCGUCUUCCUCGCCAAAUUUUACGGCCGCGCUGGCCUCAUCAACCUUAUCAAUGCUGGCCCCGAACACCUCCGCCCUGCUAUAUUCAGAUCAUUGCUGUACGAGGCUUGUGGGAGGAUCGUGAAUCCGAUAUACGGCUCGGCCGGGCUUCUGUGGUCGGGAAGCUGGCAACUUUGUCAGUCGGCGGUGGAAGCAGUGCUCAGCGGCGCUCCGAUCAUGCAGAUUUCGGCUGAGUCGGCCGUCAGCAGCAUGAGCCCGCCGUUGAAAGCAGGAGAUAUUCGGCACGUGUCAAAGGAUGAGAACUCUGCUGGCUCUUCUCACGAGCUUCACAAGGUUAAGAGCAGGGGGCGGUUCAAGCGCUCGAGUGGGAAGCCCAGGGCCAGAGUGGAGUCGGCUGCGGAGUUCGACGAAUCGGCUGGGGUUAUCCUAAGCCGGUGCUAUAAGAGCGAGCUGAGUCGUGACUCGAGAGUGAGUCAUCCAGGAAGCCGCGAGAGCGGAGAAGCAGACAGCAUGUCGGUGGAGACUGUGGAGGCUUCGCUAGUGAAGCCGACGCGUGAUGGGAGCGACGUGGAGCUGGAGCUGACACUGGGCUUGGAGCCGCUUCCGAAGGUGCAGAAGGCGCGUGCCGUGGUGAGAGAGAAGGAAGAGAUGGCCGGCUCAGAAGACGACACGUGUAAAGUGGAACUGGCUCUUGAAUACUCUGGUUAAAAGACAACAACUUUCUUGUCCGUAGAUAGAACCAGUUUUGGCGGCUCAGAUUGGGUUGGAUUCAACGGCUGUGAUCGCAAUGAGUUUUUUUUUUUUGGGUAGAAUCGUGGAAGUAGCGUAGUUUCUUUUUUGGGUAAAUUAUGUAUUGAGGGUGGUGUGGAAUGUACACAUUUGGUCACAGAGAAAUAUACAUAUUAUGUGGGUAAGUUUCUAUUUUUAGAAAAAUGGUAUUAUGGUGUUUUGUCAGAUUUU